AUGUCGACCAAUGCAGGACCUUUCGAGCAACGCUUCGUCAUUGACUCAUAUACUCACCACUCACAUUUGCCCACGUCUUCAGGCCCCUACAUCCUUGGUGUCGAUGAAGCCGGCCGGGGACCUGUAUUGGGACCUAUGGUGUACGGCGUCGCUUUCUGCCCCAAGGCAUACGAAGAACAGCUAGAAGGAAUGGGCUUCGCAGACUCUAAAACACUCACGCCUCAGAAGCGCGAAGAGCUACUGCGAGUUCUCAAUUCCGACCCAUAUAACCUAGGGUGGGCCGUACGUGUUUUAAGUCCUCAGGCGAUAUCAGCUGGCAUGCUCCGUAACCCUCCAAUAAACCUGAACAAACAGGCACAAGAUGCCACUAUCUUGCUGAUCCAGGAAGUCUUGCAGAAGGGAAUUCAGCUAUCAGAGAUAUACGUUGAUGCUCUUGGCGAUUGCGACAAAUAUACUGCUCUGCUUUCUUCUAUUUUUCCCGGGAUUGCCUUCACUGUACGGAAGAAGGCCGACUCGUUGUUCAAGAUAGUUGGCGCCGCCAGCGUGGGAGCUAAAGUAACGAGAGAUAGCUGUUUGGAGAACUGGGUGUACGAAGAGUCUACAUCUCAAGGCGAUGGAGAGGGUUGGGGUAAUACCAUUGGUAGCGGGUACCCCUCUGACCCUACAACUCAAGCAUGGCUCAAGUCUUCCGUUGAUCCAACAUUUGGAUUUCCAUCGUUGGUCCGUUUCUCCUGGACCACAGUCAAAGUUCUUCUUGAGAAGGAAGCCCAUCCUGUCAAAUGGAUUGACGAGGGCAAUGACGCGCUUAUCAAAGCUUUCGAAGCGGAAAAGGGUCGGGAUCGGGGCCGUUGCGUUGUCGCUCGGGAUUUAGGGCUGCAAAGUGUCGGAACUUUGUAG